CACCACCACCAUCACCACCACCCUGGCAGCAAGCUGGGCGCAGUUCACGGCCACCACGACCACUCGGCCGGCCCCCCAGGCGCUGUGGGCCGCCUGCCUAAUUUCCAGGGUUACGGCAGCAUCACCUGCGCACAGCCCGGUGGGUUUAAACACCCGUUCACAAUCGAGAACAUCAUAGGACGGGACUACAAGGUUGUGAUGGCCAGUGGGCUCCCGCUCACCUCUGUCAUGCAUCACCUGGGUUACCCGGUGCCGCCGCAGCUCAGCAGCAUGGUCAACUCCAUGUGGCCGCACGUCGGGAUGCUGUCAGAGUCCAUGUGUGGGGUGUCCAUGCCAUCUUCACCCGAAAACGCGCCCUUUGGUGUGUCAACAAAAGGCCUGUACCACAAUGCCAACGGGCAAACCUUGCCCGCUGUCCCAGUGCCCAUCAAACCAACCCCGUCCUUGGGUGCCGUGCUAGGCUUGACUGGGCUGCAGUCCGCGUCGGCACAGCUCUGCGCGCCGUCCUCACUGAUGGAGAAGAGUGACCUGCUGGAAGGGAAAGGCAGCCACUUACACCCGGCUCUUCUGUUGUCCUAACCAGUUAAAAUUGUGGGUAAUUUAAAAAUAAUGAAUGCAAUGAAGAUGGACAUUAUUAUUAUUAUUAUUAUGAUCAUUAUUAUAUUUUGUGUUUU